GCGAUAGCAGCAAAAAUAAAGUAGCCAAAACUCGGGGAACACGAACACCGGGACUCUGCUGCAACGCUUCAUCUGCAGAAUUGCUCGAUGAUGCUGUAAACAGUGGCUUAGUCUGCAAUGCUUUCACCACUGUUAAUCUGCUGGCACAACGACCGAAACGGGCUCUGCAACAACGGACACUUGUCACGUUUUGCAUAAGCUUCGAAGCUCCCGGAAGUUCAAUCACAGAUCGACUUGUAACUCGACAGUCUUAACGAACGUUUGUUUGGAGACUCGCCGGUAUUGUUUGGGGACCACGACGCUUUUAUUUUUGUAUUUUUUACUUCAAAUGUCAUGCUGCCAUACAGUGUUUCUCUAUAGAGGAAGAGUCCAGGUGCUACGUUCCACAUAGAUGACAACAUAACAGCAAGGAAACAAAAUGCAAGUCCUGCGGGUAAAAGAGGCAGCAACUACUGGAAGCACAAUAUUCCAUCAGACAAGCUGAAAGCAACAAUUCAUCCACCAUGUUGGGGCUACUGUUUAUCUUCUAUUCAUUCCAUAUUCUCUCUGUAAAAUCAGGUUUGCAUUCUUUGUUGCUGUUUCAUAUAUAUUUAGUGGGUGAGACUCCAUUCCCAGAAUCCCAGACUUUGUUUAUGCUGGAUGACAUUCAGAUUGGAUACUACAACUCAAAAGACAACAAGUUUGUACACAGAGGCAUGAAUGGUCUGGAGAGAACACCUGAUGCCAUAGAACUGGAACUAGCUCCUAAAUUGAAAUUGAAUCAUGAACGUAUGAAAAAUAAGGUCUCUUAUCUGAGACAGAUUCUGAACCACACAAACAGUAUUCAUGUUCUACAGAGAGCUGCAGGAUGUCAGUUACAGGAAAAUGACGACGUAGGAAUUUACUUGAGCAAAGACGCAUUCAACGGGGAGGCUGGAGAUGUCCGCUAUUACAAUCCACAAAAUGACAGCCUUCAUUCUGACUGGGUGUGGCCAGAAGCAAUGGACAAUACAUGGCCUGGGGUGAAGCCCAGAGUCAGGCUCCUCCAGAAGACACUCCCAGACUCUGGAGGGGCCAAAGUGACCUGCCGGGCCACUGGUUUCUACCCCCGUCACAUCAACCUGACCCUGCUCAGAGACGGCCAGCCUGUGUCUGACCACCAGAUCACUGGGGGGGAACUGCUACCUAAUGGAGAUGAGACGUACCAGAUGAGGAAGAGCCUGGAGGUCAGUGCAGAGGAACUAAGAGAGAAACACCAGUACUCCUGCACAGCUGAACACCUCAGCCUGGACAACAAGCUGGACAUCAGUUUAGAUCAUGAGUGGGAUUCAGUAACCACAUCCAUUGUGCCCUCCGUGCUUAUUGCUGCUGGGUUAGUGUGUCUUGCUGGAGUCGUUGCCUUUAUCAUAUGGAGGAGGACCCACACAGGUCGAGGCUCACAGACCUCUCUGCAAGUGAACACAGACGCUUCAGGAACGUCUCCAGACUGCACCCUGCACUCAAACAACGCUCCGCUGAAGUGCUCGUCAACACCCUCGUAACAUCACACAACGCUCCACUGAAGUGCUCGUCAACACCCUCGUAACAUCACACAACGCUCCACUGAAGUGCUCGUCAACACCCUCGUAACACCACACAACGCUCCACUGAAGUGCUCGUCAACAUCCUCGUAACACCACACAACGCUCCACUGAAGUGCUCGUCAACACCCUCGUAACACCACACAACGCUCCACUGAAGUGCUCGUCAACACCCUCGUAACACCUUUCAUCAACUACUGCACUGCAAUCCUGACAGGCAUUCCAAACAAACUCAUCCAUCGCCUCCAACUCAUUCAACACUCUGCAGCACGGAUCAUCACCUGCACAAAGUCCUCCCAACAUGUUACACCUCUCCUGAUAGAGCUACACUCUCAACAGAUCAACUUUGCACCCAAACUGUGGAACUCACUCCCCUCACACAUCCGCACUCUCCACUCCAUCUCACAAUACAAAACGGCUCUUGAAACCCACCUUUUCUAGAUAGCUUAUGAACUUUAAUGUGCCUUUUACUACCACUAUGUUUUUAAUUAGUGUGCUGAUUAUUAUUAUUUUCCACUGUGUUAACUCUACUCUGUGUUAACUGUAAAGUGGCCUUGGGUACUCUGAAAGGCACUAUGUAACAAAUAAACAGUAUUAUUAUUAUUAUUACUUUGCACUAUAAAAGCAAUAGAUAGAACUAGGUAGAACUCAUUUCUUGAGUUGCCUUUUUGUAUUGUCCAUUGCUACCUAGUGGCCACAUAUUUUUUGUUUGUCUACAUUAAAACCAUAUAAUCUGCUCUCUGCCUCAGACACACACACACCGCACACACAUUACGCUGACACGUACUGUACACAUUUCUUGUAACGUCUUUAAAUGUAAAUGUGUAAAUGUAAAGUUUUCCUUACUUUGGUUUUAGUCACAACAAUGUAAUGAAAAUGCAACCAAACAGAAUAAAGAUACAGGAUUCCUGCAGUUAUGAAUUGAUGUAAUAAUGUAUUGUCAUAUUGGUGAAAAAGGCAAAGAACAUCUUUUUGUCAUGAUGUUGCAAUAUUAUUCUUAUUCUGUGUGGAUUUCUUGAGUUGAUACCAAUGUCUGUUCAAUUCCAUGUUAAUAGUCACAAUCUAAAUAUGUAGAGAAACAAAUGUUAAUGCUUUGAAUACUUAUUUCCCCAUCAUAUGCAGCUAAUAA